UUAUCCCUGCCAACUCCACUUCCCGACCCGUUAUUCUCUCUCGCGGUGUUGCCGGCUCCGAUGAAUCACCGCCAUCCAGUCUCCGCCCUUGUUCUCCUCCUUCCCUUGCUUCUACUCACCCCUCGGUGCUCAAUCGCCCAGUCCUCCCCUUCCUCCGGCCGCAACAACGACGACGACGACGACGACGAGUCUUAUUUCAACACGACAAAUUACAACGGUUCGAUGGCGAUCCUGAUCGUAGUGUUUAUCAUCGCGUUCUUCAUUACGGGGUUUUUUUCGAUGUAUAUCCGGCGGUGCACCGGCAACGGCACGGAGUCGGGCCGCGUUUCCGUGCGCGGCGGCGCCGGGUGGGGGCAGGAGGGGCUGGACCCAGCGGUGCUGGAGACGUUCCCGACGCUGGUUUACUCGGAGGUGAAGGGGCUCAGGAUCGGGAAAGAGGCGCCGGAGUGCGCGGUUUGCCUCAGCGAGUUCGAGGACGACGAGACCCUCCGGCUCCUCCCCAAAUGCAGCCACGUGUUCCACACCGAUUGUAUCGACACCUGGCUCGCCACCCACGCCACCUGCCCGGUCUGCCGCUCUAAUCUCGUCCCCGACCCCGACGCCCCACAAACCCCCGCAUCCAAUCUCCAACCGCCGGCGCCGGCGGCCGUGGAGGGGACGGUGGGUGGUGGGGAGAGGGCGGAUGCGGCGCCUGCGGAGCAGGUGGAGAUCACGGUGGACGAGGAGGCGGCGGAGAUGGAGAGGAGGGAGGAGGCAGCGGAGAUGGACAGGAUCGGAAGCCGGAAGCGGGCGAUGCGGUCGAGGUCGGGAAGGCGGCCGGCGAGGUACCCGCGGUCGCACUCGACAGGGCACUCGGUGGUGCAGCCGGGGGAGAAUCUCGACCGGUUUACUCUCCGACUGCCGGAGCACAUCCUGAUGGAGAUCAUCGCCGCCGAGAAGCUCCACCGGUCGACGAGCUGCGUCGCUUUCCCGACCGCCGGGGAAGGGAGCUCGCGCCGGGGAUACGGCGGUGGUGGAGGGAGUGGAUGGGAGGGGAGUAGCCGCGGUGGGAGGAGCAUCCGGCUGGGGCGGUCAGGCCGGUGGCCGUCGUCGUUCUUCGUGAGGACGUUCUCGGCGAAGAUUCCGACGUGGAGGAGGGGGGAUGGGGAGGGCUCCGUGAAGAAGGGGGAUGGGGAGGGAUCCACGAGGGGGAAGUGCUUCGCCGUGGCGCCCUUCGACUGCCUCGACGGCGGCGGGAAGGCUGAACGCGUCGCCGACGAGGACGAAUCGUCCUGUGACGCACUCGCCCGGCAGGGGGACAUGGCGGCGUAAGAGCGCGAGAAAAGAUUGCCGUUUUGGACUCCUCGUUCAGAAGAAAGAUGUGCUGCCGCUGAAUCUCGGAACGAGAUCGGAAUGCAAGAAAUGGAGCUGAACCGACUGGCCGAGAGAUGGAAAAUCUAAUUUUUUUAAAAAAUAAUUUAUAAGAAGUCUGUUUCAUAGAGUUUUCAAUAAAAAUUUCCAAUGUCUAAGAAUAGAGAAGCAACAGUACGAAAAAGAGAGAUUUCAGUAUAAUUGAGUUCUCUAUGAACAAUAUCGCAUAUUUGAGUUGAUGUGACGUGCACUGGUCGCCAAACAAUAGCCAAUCGUAUGUUUACGGUGUGAGCAUCGGUUGCCAGAAUCGUCAGUCGGCACAUGUCAAUUGGCUCCUUGGCUAGUCGACUCCUUGGCUAGGAUCGAAGUCGCUCACUUCGAUUUAUGACCCAGGUCGAGGAGGCCGGUUCGAGAUGGAGGUGUCCAAUAUUUUUUCAUUAAGGUGUACUAGAUUUUUUUUCUUUUUUGUAGAAAUAGACUUUGUUAUUCAAUGGAAUAAUUCUUGCUUCAU